AUGUCAGACGGAGAAAAUAAUGCCUGUACGGUUUCAGCAAUUCACAAAUUACAGUCAGGUGUUUGCGAAUAUGUUGAUCAAAACUGUACAGCAGAGUCGCUUGUAAGAUUUUCUUACUUUUACUUUUGCCAAGUUUCUGAAAACAUCAUAGUUCUUGAUUUACUUACAGUACUGGUUCCUUUGAUGGCUUUCCAUAUGUUAAGCUCUACUGCAGAAUCAUAUCUUUCACCUGCUUUAGCUAAGUGCUCAAAAAUAUUGAGGUUAUCUGAAUCUGUUGCAGGUGUAACACUUUUAGCUUUGGGAAAUGGUGCUCCUGAUGUUAUUACAGCAAUUAUAGCAGGUGGAGACGAUAAUGGCGGAAUCAGCAUAGCUAUUGGCUCCAUAUUUGGCGCUGGUUUAUUUGUAACCACAGCCACUCUUUCAGCUGUUAUCUUUCAUGGAAAAAAUAUAAAAAUUGAUAAGAAAACAUUCAUGAGAGAUAUGGUCUUCUAUUUACUUGGUUGUUUAGUAAUUCUAGUUUAUGCAAUAAUUGGAAAAGUGAACAUUAUAAUGUCUUCUAUUUUUAUGUCUAUCUAUUUAAUUUUCCUGGUUAUUGUCAUUUUGCAAGACAGACAAUAAAGAAAAGAACUUGAGAAGUUAGGAAUUGAUGAAAGUGUAAUUCAAUAAGAAUUGGAAAACAAUUUACAUACUAAAAAGAGCAGAACUGCAAGUAUAGCAAAGGAUCUAGGAGUUAUUUUAUUCUAAAAGGACUACUCUUCAGAUAUCAACAAAAUACACUUUGAAAAUGAAUAAGAAUAAGGAUAAGAAUAAGAAUAAUAAUAAGAAUAGGCAUGUAAUAUAUCUUGCUUCUCAGAAGAUGAUUAAAAAAAAUAGAUUUAAAAUUCAUUAACUAGUUCUUAGAUGGUGAAAGUUGCUACAACAAGUAUAAAAAUGAGAUAUAAAUUUAGAAGCUUAAAGCAUGUUAUGAAACAAAAAUAUUACAGCUUUAAAGAUGAGUUACACGAAAUGAGCAUAAUAUAAAAAAUCAUAUACUUUUAUGAGAUUCCUGUUAAUUUUAUUAGAGAUUUAACCAUCCCUCCUGGAGAUGAUGACUAAUGGAAUAAAUGGAGAGCUUUUAUUUGUUGUUACACUACUCCUAUUACUUUCUUAUUUAUAACUGGAAAUAUUAAAAUGUUAGUAGGAGGUAUAGAAGGAUUUUACCUUGCUUAUUUACUCCUUGGUAUUGGGUUUAUUUUUUCACUAAUAGUUUGGAAGUAUUCUCAUGAAAAUAAAGCACCAGCUUUCAUGUUUUUCUUCUCACUUUUAGCGUUUGUCAUUUCUGUAGCUUACAUAUCAACAAUAGCCCAAAUCUUAAUUGAUUUUAUUUAAUUUUUCUAAAUUCUAUCUGGUAUAAACUAAACCUUUUUGGGUUUGACAUUAUUAGCUUAUGGAAAUUCUUCAGGAGACUUUUUCACUAAUACACAACUUUCAAAAAUGGGAUAUGGUGUUAUGGCUAUGACUGGUUGUUUUGCAGGCUAAGGUUUUAAUUUAUAUAUUGGCUUUGGUUUUGCUCUUGUAAUGCAGACAAGAUCGAGCGACUAUGAUUUUAGCUUAUUUACAGCUUCAACAGUUAAUGAAUGGUUAAACAAUGGCAUUGCUAUAGCAGUUUUAUUGGCUGCAAUAAUUGCCACUAUUUUCUCAAUAAUUGUUUCAAUUAAAUUAGGAUUUUCUUACGAAAAAGGAAGAUAUUCUUCAUCUCUUAUAAUUAUUUAUUCAAUAAGCAUUUUGAUUUGCUUCGGCUUUUGCGUUGGUGAUUAAAUUAUAUCAUGA